CACAACAUAAUGUCAGUGUGGUUGUGCUGGCAGUGCUGGGAGGGAGGACGCACCUGGAUUCCAAAUGACAGUUUUAUAAAUGAUAUUUGUUUUCCUGCGCAGAAUAAGAGCAGGAGGUAACUUGAGUGUCAGUGGAAGGAGUGUUUCUGAACUGCGGUGUUGCGAAUGUCAUAAUCCGAGUCUGGCUCAAGAGGCGAGUGGUGGUUGCUGUUUCGCCCAGAUUGGCAAUGACAAAAACGUCAUCUUGAAGAUGUUGUGAGGGAUGAGUAUGCGAGCACAGAGCAUGCACGACGGCUUCCAGGGGGUGGAGGCUCCGCCAGCCCACGCUCUGGCCUCCAGCACGCACUAUGGUUCGUCUUCAGGGGCGUCGAGUAUGGGCGGGGGCAGGAUCAAGUUGGUGAGGCUGGUCAGGAGGAACGGAGAGUCGUACGGGUUCAGUCUACGAGGUGGACGGGAGCACGGCACCGGCUUCUUCAUCUCCCACGUCGAGCCAGGCUCAGAGGCCUUCCUGCAGGGCCUCAGGGUGAGUACUACCUACAGAUGUGGCCGCGUCGGAUACAUAUGUAAGGGACCAACAGAGAAGCCAGGGAUCUUCGUGCAGAGUGUGAGGGUGGGCGGUGUAGCCAAGAAUGCAGGUCUCAGGCCAGGGGACCAGAUUCUCGCCUGUAAUGACAUCAGUUUUGCCCACCUCGAGUUUGCUGAGGCAGUAUAUGUGCUCAAGUCAUCACCUCGUCUGGCCCUGGAUGUACUGCGAGGGGCAGGCCUCGACCUUGUGGCUGGAGAGUCCUCUGGGUAUAACUCCUCAGCAUCCUCCGUGGCUGGGGACCAAACACCGCCCUCCUCCUCCUCUGACCCGCGAGACUCUGACCACAGCAUUACUACCAGACUGAGUGCUGUGAGUCGCCAUCUGAACUUAGACAGGACACGGGGCUGGAGGGAGAUAGAAUCUGAGUGGGCUGAAGCUGAAGCAGAGGAGAAGAGGAGACAACUACAAUCUUCCCAGAAAACAUUGAAGACCCGGGCUCAGCGAGAUGCUAGCCACAGACUCAGCACUAUUGGCAGUCGGUCCCUCUGUAACCUGAGUGCUGCUCUUAGAGAAGAGGAUGAACAGCGCACAUCCUUCAGGGAUGGUUCACCGCCGUACACACGCAGUGUGUCUUCUACACGUACCUUCUUGAUGCCUACACAUGGCCACUAUAAGCCUAAGUUGAGAAGUACAAGAUCUAGUAAUGAUGUUACAGAAGACACAAGUCACAAAAUAGCCCUGGUGACUUCAGCAGAUCCCCAUGUUAACAACAUAGUGGUGACUGGUGGUCCCAAAGAUGAGAGAGAUGCAGUAUUUAGGCUGGAACAGCUCUCAAGUCCCUCUGCUAGCAGGACAUCUACUCUAAGUAGUGGGACAUCCCAAGUGACUGUGAGAUCAUCAUCGGGCAGUGGGAGUUCACCCUCUAUAGGUAGUAAGGCUGCAUCCCCAGUCGUGGCAGCAUCACUAGUAGAGCAACAGUUACGUGAAUUAAGAGAAGAACAAAGACGUUUGAAAGAGGAAGCCAACAGAUUGGCACAGGAGAGACGCAAGUUUGAGGAGGAGAAGCGUCGUGGUCUAGAGAGAACCCAGAGUGCCCCAUUGGCCCCAUUGGUGAUCACCUGUUCUGGGCAGUCCCUUCUCCCACAUCUUCAGCCGCCCCCCAGCCCCACCUCGUCUAUUGGUAGUGGUCGGCACACUACCCGGGUUCUUAUCAAGUCCCCACCACCACCACCGCCACCUCGUAAAAACACCACCACCUUGACUUCCUUUCAUAGCAGCUUCCAGCCCCAUCAGGUAUCCCCACCAGCAUCACCAGCACACAGCAGCAGUAGCAGCAGUGGAGUUGGAUCAUCCUGUGGCUCUGGUGCUCCACCACGACGCUGCAAGAGUAUUGGGUCAUUGUCAGCUAGCAGUGGUGAAAGUGCUGUUUGGGAAGAUUCACCCAUUGCAAACCGUUCUCUUCCUGUCAAUACCCAUCCAACAUUCCGCUCCAGUAUGCCACCACCUCCUCCCCCUAAGCCACCUGCACCUCCUAGUGUACACUCAAGUAGCAUCAAUGGCUCUCCAAUGUUAUUGGGUGCCCCUUCACCUCCUCCACCUCCCCCACAACCUACCUCCUCUCCACCCCAAACUAGUUUAGCUGCUGCCCUUAAUAGAGAACUGCAGCGUCGCUCAGCACAGGAAGCUCAACUUGUGUUAAAUGGUGAAGACAAAACAAAAGCUCAACUAAUUGAAGACAAAAUUGAUGCCUUUAAGAAAGACAAGCCCAGAACAGGACCAUCUGACCCAAAACGUGCUCAACAUGAUAAGUUAAUGGAAGAAUUUAAACUUGCUCACAAGAAAAUGUUUGUUGCAAAAGAUAAUGCUGAUGAAGAGAGUAAAGAAGAAACAAAGGAGCCAAAUGUACCAAGCCUGCCCAAAGUGCCUCCAAAACCUACUCCAGUUGAAUUUUCUUCAAAAAUAAUAAGUAACAGCACUAUUAACACUCGUGAUGGAGUCUCCGUUAAUAAUAAAAUGAUAGUGCCCAACCAGAGCAAUAAUGUGUGUGUACCAAAAACCAACAUCAAUUAUAAAUCUAAGUUUACAUUGAGAGAAGCAAGCAUCAGCAAUGGUAGCAAUGUUAAGGAAACUAUAAUCAUCAACAGCUCUUCUGCAAGCAACAAAAUCAGUUCAUCAUCAACAUCAUUGCUGAGACAGGUACCUCUUCCUACUCCACAAUCCAUACCUCCACCUCCUCCUCCUCCUCCUCCUCCUCCUCCUCCUCCACCUCUGCCUCCUCUACCAAGUUCUGUCAUUUGCAAAAAACAAACUUUCUCCAGUGCAUUGGUACCGAGCCAUAGCGAAGCUAUGCAUAUUUCUCCUCGCACUAAUUCCUAUCCAGACCUUCACCAUAAUCUUUCUAGGUCACAAUUUUUGGCCACUCCCAUUUCCAGCUCUCCCAACACUGUGUGUAGGCCUCCCACAUCAGCAUCAGGAGCCCCGCCCCUCCCGCCCCCAAUGCCCAGGACACUCAUCCCGCUUCCCUCUGCUCAAUGGAAUGAGCGGUCAGGAGGUAGUAGUAACCCCCAGACAACUUCAGAGGCAUCUACUAUAGCAAAAUCUCCAUUACGUCCAGUGAGUGUGGCUGUGAUGGAAGACUUUAAGCCUGAUGAGAAGUCGUCCUCUUUACUGCGGGCUCCUAGUGCUUAUUUUGAACCCACACGAACAGGGCCAGGAAAGCCUCUUGUUUCCAUUGGUGCUUAUCCAUCACCAAAUUAUAGGCCACCACCUGUCAAGAUGGAUUUCUUAUCUGCAGUAGGUAGUAAAAGUGAACUCAAUGGGGUGAGUGUUGAUGGGUCACCAAGAAAAUCAUGCCUACAACAAGAACUCGUGUCUACAUUGACUCGCUCAAAUUUACGUCAACGUUAUGCGCCUCAAGAUUUUCCAACAGACCCUCCUACUAUUUCCUCCAGUGUUAACUCUGCCAGUGCUGCUUCAGACAAAGAGUCAAAUUCUGCUGUUUCACCUUCAGCCACUUUCACUACUACGUCCAUUCAAAAUAAUGCCUCAAGCCCUAAAGCAUCUUUAUCAACUAAGUAUCGGGGUAUAAGACAGGAUCCUUCUAUCACCAUCAUUAUGAAAGGUGAUUGUGGUAAGGAAAAUGAGGCUCCAGAGUCCCUUCCUACAGGCAUCCUGAAGCCCUCAGGCCCAGCUUCCUCCAUCAGGCCCCUGCAGAAGUCCAUAUCAUUUGGUGAUGUGUGAGUGCUCACCUCAUUGAGGGAGUGGGGCAAACCUUUGCUGCUACAACUAUUUUCUUCAAAAUUUAAUUUGACCUUUAAUAUGACCAAAUACAUACACUUAAAUACUUUGGGACAGCUUUCGAGAAUAUUAACCGGUCUUGUUAAUUCUGUGUUAGAGGAUAACAUAUCCAAAAAUCAUUAUUUAGUUAUUCAUUUUAGGUAUCUUAAUAGCUAUCUCAGCCUAGAUCAAUCUCAUUAACUACCACAUACAGGUCGUUUACAGGUCGAUGUUUUGAGUCGAGUAUAAAAAGUUGCUGAUAUAUGGCAGAGGUGAGAGUAAGGCCACAGUAUAUUACCAAAUGAAGAAAGCAACACCACUAGCCCACUGAUGCUAUCAUGCUAGUACUGUGACUCGUGCCACUGUUGCAAGUUUUAUUUGAUAUUUCUUACCUAUUUUAUUUUUGUUGCCAGACACGUCCCUUGUAAAAAGAAUGUCACAUUUUAGUAAAAAUAAUACUUAAAAUACCAAAAAAUAUAGAAAAAAUUAAGUGGGAGAAAAUAUGAUGUACCAUUUUCUAAUAUUUCCCUAAUGGUCCAUGUUGGUAUGCCUCAUAGUGGGAUUCAACCUCAUGUCCAUUUGGAUGUGAGCCAAGUAUGCUAUCCACUGCCCUUGCAAGAUACCAUGAAUAUUAUACAAUUACCAGUAAAUUGCACCAAACAACAAUAUUACAAUUUCCACUGUAUAAACUAUAUUAUGCAUCCGAAGCAUGAUGGAGAUCUGUAAUGAAUUUUACAGUACAAUACAUUAUUUCUCUAUGCACUACAAAUAAUGUAGUUUAAUUUUCUCUGAACUUUUUCUUGAUAACUGCAAUGGAACACACAGGCAUAACACAAGACACUAAACCCUCUUUGACAUCCCCCACGCCCUACUUGACCUGUGCAAAAACUCGAUACACAUUAAAGGCCCUAAGAUCUGAAAUUCAUUGCCUGAAGCAUCAAAAGGGACCCCGAUCUGCCAGUUAAUUCAGAGCUAUUGUUAAAAAGCACCUUAUCUCCUAAAUGUGAUUGAAACAGCAAUAUGCUAUGUACAACAAAACCAGCUCAUUCAUUUGUCUCUGUUCUUCCAGCCUUCCUUCAACUCCCAUAGUAAAUGCCACAAAACUGAAGAUCAUUGAAUCAGUUUGAAAUAAUAAGUGAUACUUAUGAAAUUGCACUAUUUGUUCACUAGCUACCUUUCUUAUUAUACUUAUGUUUGUAUUUUUUUAUUAUUAACACACUGGCCGAUUCCCACCAAGGCAGGGUGGCCCGAAAAAGAAAACUUACUCCAUCAGUCUAGCCAGAAGGGUGUUUUACACUACAGUUUUCAAACUGCAACAUUAACACCCCUCCUUCAGAGUGCAGGCACUGUACUUCCCAUCUCCAAGACUCUAGUCCGGCCUGCCGGUUUCCCUGAAUCCCCUCAUUAAUGUUACUUUGCUCACACUCCAACAGCACGUCAAGUAUUAACCCUUAAACGGUCCAAACUUAUAUAUACGUUCACGUGCGUAGCACCCCAAACGUAUAUAUACGUUUUCUUUGUCAUUCAUUCAACAUUGCCACGAUAAGCCUGAGUCACCUAGACAUGAGAGAAUGGGUGUGCGCACUCACUGUGCACCGUAUUAAAAUAAUUGAGGACGCCUGGGUACCAUAUGCUCUUUUUUCCUAUUAAAAAAAAGACAAUUUUUUUUCUCUCAAAAAAUUUGGGGCACUACGCGAGUGAACGUAUAUAUACGUUUGGACCGUUUAAGGGUUAAAAACCAUUUGUCUCCAUUCACUCCUAUCAAACACGCUCACACAUGCCCGCUGGAAGUCCAAGCCCCUCGCACACAAAACCUCUUUUACCCCCUCCCUCCAACCUUUCCUAGGCCGACCCCUACCCUGCCUUCCUUCUGCUACAGACUGAUACACUCUUGAAGUCAUUCUGUUUCUCUCCAUUCUCUCUACAUGUCCAAACCACCUCAACAACCCUUCCUCAGCCUUCUGGACAACAGUUUUGGCAGUCCCGCACCUCCUCCUAACUUCCAAACUAUGAAUUCUCUGCAUUAUAUUCACACCACACAUUGCCCUCAGACAUGACAUCUCCACUGCCUCCAGCCUUCUCGCUGCAACAUUCAUCACCCAUGCUUCACACCCAUAUAAGAGCAUUGGUAAAACUAUACUCUCAUACAUUCCCCUCUUUGCCUCCAAGGACAAAGUUCUUUGUCUCCACAGACUCCUAAGUGCACCGCUCACCCUUUUUCCCUCAUCAAUUCUAUGAUUCACCUCAUCUUUCAUAGAUCCAUCCGCUAACACGUCCACUCCCAAAUAUCUGAAUACAUUCACCCCCUCCAUACUCUCUCCCUCCAAACUGAUAUCCAAUCUUUCAUCACCUAAUCUUUUUGUUAUCCUCAUAACCUUACUCUUUCCUGUAUUCACUUUCAAUUUUCUUCUUUUACAUACCCUAGUAAACUGCAUAAUAACUCCUGCUUAUUAGUCUAACUCUUAAGUAACUUUAAGCAUUAAAAUUAGUUUGCCUGAAAUGUUUUGCAUACUAGUAGCUUUUUGUGCCUGCUGCUGUUUUCUUACACGCAAACACAUCAUCAUCAGUGGUUAUAAGUAUGACCAUAAUUUUUAAAGAGGUGGACUGGUAGGCUAGCAGAAGGCUUCUGUCAGAUGACCAAAAGCUCCAAUGGCAUGUCAUCAUCAAAGACCCUUGUCAGGAAAUGCUUGUCCUAUUUCCUGAUGAACCAUACCUAACCUACAUUACUUGUACUGCAUAAAGAAGUAAUUUGUAAUAAUAUAGGGACAGAAUUCAGUGAAAGCUUUUGCCAUGGAUCAUUGCUUAGGGAGACACUGACUUGAAUGUAAUUGAAGUCAGUCUAUAUACUACAGUACCUUCUCAUUUUGAUAAAAUUGCAAAGCUUUUUAUAAAUCUGAUAAAUGGAAAUGUAAACAAUAAAUUACUAAAACAAGACUUGACUAGUGCUAAAAAAGGAAAAGGUUCACAAAUUUCCAGAACUUUUCUUACCACUGGCUAUUUUUACCACUAAGAAAACAAAGGCAAAUGUUUACAUUUGGAUAUAGUCAACAAAUAUAAUCACUACUGAAUGGCACAUAAUAAGCUUAAAUUAUAAAUGGACUGGAAUCCUUUAGGGUGUAAUGGCAGUGUGUAGAGGUAACCGGUGUGGGAACAAUCCAUGUUGUCCAUGAUUGUCAGGCUAAUUGAUGUGGUAGGUAAGGAGGUAUAAGUAAAUUCAGGUGGUGUUGACCACAGGGCAGCUGUUAGUGAGACAGAGGCAAGUACUCAAGGAUUCACACUCAGUACAGGGCCACCUACUGAGGCCUGGGAGGGGAUUUUGAAAUUACGGGUAAGAACCUCAUUACGAGGCAGCUAAGUCUCAUAUUCAAAAGUAAACUGCUUACAUCUGAACAUGAAAAGUAUUUAGUGCUGGGUAUCAUAUGAAAUGUAGGGAGCAAACUCCACAAAGAAGCAUCAAAAAAUGUCUACUAGGUAAAUGUAUUCAUAAAUGGCUUGUAAAUUAAAUUACUAUACUGCAUGCUGUAUGAAACAGCAUUUUGAAAAGCUCUUUGUUAUGCAAAGUGUUUCAGGAAGAUUAUUAUCAUCAAAACUAAGCGCUAAACCCACAAGGGUCAUACAGCUCUGCAUUUCAGGAAAAUUAAAACAACUCGACACUUUAUAGUUAGUUAGAUUAUUUGAAUGGGUUUGGGAUAUUGGCAGUUUGGAGGGAUAUGUUGUGUAUCUUUAUACGUAUAUGCUUCUAAACUGUUGUAUUCUGAGCACCUCUGCAAAAGCAGUGAUAAUGUGUGAGUGUGGUGAAAGUGUUGAAUGAUGAUGAAAGUAUUUUCUUUUUUGGGGAUUUUCUUUCUUUUUUGGGUCACCCUGCCUCGGUGGGAGACGGCCGACUUGUUGAAAAAAAAAAAAAAAUAUCUGUAGAUAGAAUUAUUUCAUGUAUUUAUUAAUUCUAAGUAACAGAACUGUAUACAGUAUUAAAACAGUAAUAAAGGAAUAGUGAUACAAAACUGUACUGACAAUUAUAGCUGUAAUAAUUAUUGGGGGUUAGAAAUAGCAGUGACAAUAGAUGGUUAUUGGAAUCUGGAUAGUAGUUGCAUUAGUUAUGUGGUAUCUGACUUUAUAUUUAGUCUAGGUAAACUUACACAAUUUCAGUAUUUUUUACCAAUAUUUUUAAAGCAAUGCUAGACAGAAUCGUCUGGUAGUGUCAUUAUUUUUUUUGCAUGAAGUUUCUAGUCUGGUCAAGUCAGAUAUAUGGGGGAUCAAAUAGAGAUUUGUUUCUUGUACUGUUUUCCAGCCCUCCAAGAAAGUUUCAGCACAAACAGCAGGAAAACCUGGCCUUAGGCUGACCUGCUUGGGCAGUAGAGCCCUAAAACUGGUCACAGGUAAAGCAUGGGUAGGAUGCUGCCUUCUGGUACCCCUAUGUUAAUAGGUUAAGUUGAAAUACUAUAUAUACAUUUUGUCAUUAAGAGUCACAUGUCAAUCUCUAUCAAGACAGGACUUCAUGAGAGCACUGUCCUUGCUUGGUCUGGACAAGAUGGUAUUGACCCAUUCUUCCUUAUUAUACAAUAGACUACGUAAACCAUAUACAUGUACAUGUAUUUUUGCCAUGAAUAUACUAUUGAUAAAAUCUUAAAACUGAGCUUACAAAAGUACAGUAGGGCCCCGCUUUUCGUCUUGCAGUGUUCCGCUAAUACGGUGAUCUCAAAUUAUGACCAAAACUUUCUAUACGGCAAGUGGUCUUUCAAAUACGGCACGGGCCACCCAGUUUGUUUACAUUCUCCAUGAGUACAUCUCUCUAUUAUGUAAUAAUCACUCUUGGGCAUAUUAAAUGUCUAAUUUUACAUCAAUAUAGACAUUUUCAUUAAUCCAUCUAUGAUAUUUUCUUCAAAAUUAUAAGAAAUAUGUUACAUAGCAUAUAAACAUGCUGAUACAUAUGCUAUGGAGGUGUGUUGAAAACAUUGUCACUCACCUUAAUGCAUAACACUUUUGUUUACAAUUCUCAGCAUGAAUUAUUCAUUACUUCUCCCUUUGUUUAUGAUGACAUCUAAAGGUAGUUGAUAGACACGAUUAAACUCGAUGAACAUGGUAUGUUGAUGGUAAUAAUAUGGCUCUGGGCCACAAAUAUCGUGUAGGUAUGUAGCCCAGGCGGACUACAUACCUACAUUAUUAUUAUAACUGAUAAUUAUACGUAUGUGUACCUGUACCUAAGUAAACUUACACACUGUGCUGGCAUGCAGGUACACAUUAAAAUCACUAAUGUGUCUUAUUAGUCUUGAAGACGACAUGUUAAUGGUAAUAACACAAUAAUAAUCACUAAGGAGCAUUAAAUAUCGUAUAAAAUGUUAAUAUAGACAUUUUGCUUAAUCCAUCUAAAUACACCCCACAGUAGAAUAAAUUAACAUAAAUAUGAGAUGUAGCCAGGCAACUUGUAGGACUUGACGAAAACCAGACACAUUCAUCUGAUUUGUUUACGUUGUGUGGGGUGGUGAGGGCUGCCCUUCCUGGCUACCCAUACUUCCCAACUUGACUUCAUACAAAUAAAACUCGCCUCUCACCCUACAUUAAGACUACAAAUAUUUUAAGGUAAUUAAUGAGUGUACUAUAUAUGCAUUUUAUUGUUUUAGGGAGCCUAAUGUCGUAGUAGGUAUAAGUGGCUAGGCAGGAUGCCAUACCUCCCACACAAUUUCUACAAAUAAAUACUUUACACCUCUCGCCCUACAUUAAGACCAUAAAUAUUUUAAUUAUUAUUAUUAUAAUCAAAAAAGAAGCGCUAAGCCACAAGGACUAUACAGAUAAAUAUUUUAAGGUAAGUAAUGUGUCUACUGUAUAUGCAUUUUAUUGCUCUAGGGAGCUGUAAGCAUCGUAGUAUAGUAUGUAUGAGUGGGGUGGCCAGGAGGGCUACCACACCUGACUUCUUAGAGUAAAUACUACUCACCUUUUGCCCUACAUUAAGACUACAAAUAUUUUGAGGUAAAUAAUGAGUGUACUGUGUGUGUGUUUUACUUUUUAAUGCCUAGCUUUAUUGCUAACUUAAUAUAUGUUAGUGUAAACUUGUUAUCUGGCAUUUAUAAAUGGAGUUCUGCUUUCCGGCAGUAGCCUGGAACCUAACCUGCCGAAUAAGUGGGGCCCUACUGUAUAUACGUAUUAUGUUAAUACUGGACACUUGUAUGAGAGCACUAGCAAGUUUUGUAAUACUGUAAGAGGAUUUUUAUAAUGAGCAGUAAGUGCUACAAGAGGUGUAGGUUGCAGUCUAGGUAGUCAAAUGUUUUGGCUUCAGGAACCUGUCCCCAACUAGACUUGAGUACGUAAAUUACAUUUUUUCUCAGAGCGAAGGUUUGUUACAGUGUAGUUAUAAAACUGAAUAUGCCUGAAAUGCUUUAUUAUUAAUCAGUUAGUCCAUUAUGUAAAUGCAAUAUAAACUAUUACAAUUGAAGAUUAUUACUGUCAUACUAGAGUAUAUACAAUUAAAUACUAUAGCAGCAUUGGUUCUUUGACCUCCCCACUCCCAGUAUUAUUAACACUGUUUGCUGCCCACUAUCUCAAUAACCCCCAAACUUUUAAGAUAAUAUGGAAAUUAUCCCCAAACCUUGCACUUCACCACUAACCACCUUAACCACUCAUACCUCUGUGUUAUGCAUGUCAUUACUAUAUGCCUUAUUCAUAUUUAGCUCCCUGGCAGCACAUUCUUACAUAAACAGUACUGUUAAUAUAAGUGCAUAUUUUAAUGAAACAAUCUUUCAUGCAUUUGUUUAUAUGCAAGUUUUUGUAAUACAUAUGUACUUAUGCUAAUAUGUAAAUUUUUAUAUGGUAGGUAACCACCUUUCAGAAAACAGAUCUAUAUGUGAAAACAUGAGUAGAGUGAACAACUUGUGGGAAAAAUUUUGGUAUAUCAAAAAAAAAAAUCACUUAAAUCAGUAGUAAAAUAAUUGGCAAUUUAUAUUGUAGAUGUGUCUUUUGAUCUAGGCCUAAUUAGACCCUCAAGUGUUUAAGUUUGACUUGAUGCAAAUUUAACCUCAGAUAACCAAUUUUGCACUUGUGCCAUCAAGACAAUUGUAAAAGAUUUAUAUCUACCCAAAACCUAAAUAAAAAUUUUUUUGAA